AUGGAUGGAAUUGAUAUUAUUCUGGAAUCAUCUACUCUGACUAGUACUAAUUUGAAUGUCUUUCUGAAGCACUGGCUGUCUGGAGGGUGUCCGAGACUCAAGUUUUUCUUGGCUAGAAUGGGUUCUGUGAAUAUGUUUCAAGUACUUGCUGAUUUACUGCAUAAUGUCGUUUUUGUGGAGAACAGUCGUACCUACACCAGCCCAUUUGGAUACAGGAGCACUUUGACAUCUGGAUUCGAUAUACGACGUGCGGAUGGUGUGACUGCUACUGUAUGCCAUCAGCAGACUAGAAAGUUGGUCAUUGCAGUUUGGCCAGAGACCUCUAAUAAUGAUGAUUAA